GGGAGGGAGGCGAACGGCGCGUCUGGAUCAUAAACUGUUCGUCUCGUUGUGCCUUGUCAUCCUCGCCUCAUCCAUCCGCCGACAUGCCCAAAGGAUUCCUGGUGAAAAGAAACAAGAAGGCAGCGCUCGUUUCCUACAGGAUUCGCUCGGAUGAGAAUGCAGGAUCGGUUCCAGAAUAUCACAGCGCGCAUUUCGUGGCAUCAUUGCCCGCGCCCAGCGCCUCAAAGCCGGACAGAAUCAUCUCAGCAUCCCCUUCGGAUGGCGCAGACGCGCCGGUGCCGGUCCACAGAGCGAAACCGGUGCAGUUCGGCAAUCCAGAGACGGUCUACCAAGCCCUGUACAGCCCCACCCGGCCUAUAAGCAAAGAGCACGACCGAAAAUAUUUCGAGAGAAGUUUUAAUCUGGGUUCACCGAUAUCCGCCGAAUCGUUCCCGACUCCCGCUUCUCUCACCACUCUGGACCCUCAUCUUCUGUUCGCUCCCGUUGACUUGAAAAUCGGCACCAGCAACAGUAACCGGAGCGGAACGGCGAGCAGCGCGCACGGCGCGUCCGUCAGAACCGGCGCCAAGAGACCGUCAUCCGACGCCGAGCGUAAAAGCAACAAACACGCCAAGAAACCCAAAGCCAUACGCAAACUGAAUUUCGAGGAUGAGGUGACGACGUCCCCGGUGCUCGGCCUAAAAAUCAAAGAGGGACCUGUGGACCUGAAACCACGAGCGGCCUCAAGCAACACAAACAAACCCCUGGGAGAGUUCAUAUGCCAGCUUUGCAAAGAAGAGUACUCGGAUCCGUUCUCUCUGGCACAGCACAAGUGCUCCAGGAUAGUGAGGGUGGAGUACAGGUGUCCCGAGUGCGACAAGGUCUUCAGUUGUCCGGCAAACCUGGCCUCCCACCGGCGAUGGCACAAACCGCGAGUCCAGAACGCGCCGGGUUCCCAAAGCGCCAAACAAGCCAUCCAACCCGCUAAACCGUUCCCAGAAGAUCUCUCCAGUGAGCGAGACACCCCGAGUCCAGGUCUGUCCGAGUCCGGAUCCGAAGACGGGCUGUACGACUGCCAGCAAUGCGGGAAGAGAUUUAAACGCCAAGCUUACCUGAGAAAGCACAUAUUGGGACACCAAGCUCUCCAAAAUCAAAGGAUCGGAGACGCUUUUCAUAACGCAGAGAGAGUGGAGAGCCCCGAUAUCGUGGACAGCCAAAGCCAGAGUCCCCUUAAUCUGAGCCCGGUGGACUGUCUCAUGUGUCCCGCUUGCGGAGAGAAUCUGCCCAACCGGGCGAGUCUGGAGCGGCACCUGCGCCUCCUGCACGACGACUCUCAGGCGUUUCCCUGCAAGUUCUGCCCCGCCACUUUCUUCAGCUCACCGGGUCUUACCAGACACAUCAACAAAUGCCACCCCACCGAAAACAGGCAAGUCAUCCUCCUCCAGAUGCCCGUGCGCAACGCCUGCUAAAGCGCACCCGCGCAUCUCCAAAAUCAAGCCCGAAUUGUCCUCACAUUCACGCCUAGAACCCCGGAGAUAAAGUGUUAGUUUGGUCCUUUUAAAGGUAUUUUUCUAGAACCCUUGCACACGUGGUGGUAAUGUACUGAUAGCUUCUAGACCUAAGACACGUUUCAUGUACCUCUGCCUUGAAUUCACAUGCUGUGCGUUUCACGUCUGUAGCUUUAAUCUAGCAUGUGAAUUACAGGACUGAAAAUGAUCUCUUUCUUCAAAACUCGGAAAAGUUUCCCUUUAGUAGCCAGAAAUGCCUUUAGAGAAAUACAUCAAACUACUGCCUUAAGGACUCUUGAGUGUAAUGAUUGUUUUUGAAUGUCGGCACACGAUUGCUUAUAAUAACUUACUAUCACGAUGUAAAAUUAUUGUAAUAUGUUUAUUGGUAAUAUUUUAUUUAUUUAUGUAUUUAUUUAUUUUCAAUGGCUUUGUGUAAAUUAUUAAUUUUUGUUCCUGUGUCACACACUGCAGUCGAAUCGUUUUGUCAAGAUCAUUUUGUCUUGGGUGGUCUCAAGUUUUUUGUGCGCUCUCUGGAAACGUAAAGCUCUUAUAGAUGCAAUCCUUUUCUACAUAUACAGCUUAUUUUCCUAAAUGUUUGCUACCUAGCGCUUUACAUGUGCGUCCGUGUUGUCUACUCAAAUAAAAUAUUUUCAAAACGAGAAAGCUUGCUCAUGUUUAUUUUGUAUAACAUUUCAUUUUUU